UCCUCUGCUUCCAUCCCCUGCUCUGACCACCGUAUCAUUCAAAUACUCCCAAAACACUCUUCACUCAUUCUUCACUAUAUAUAAACCAACACUCUCUUCUCUUUCUUCUACGUUUCCAAUGGAAAACCUUCUUCAUUUCCAUAUCAUUCUUCUCCUUCUCUCUUCCCUUUUCCUUCUUCAAAACGUAACGUCUUUCAAAAACCAAGAUGAUUCAGAAGAAUGGGGUUACGUUCAAGUCAGACCCAAAGCGCAUAUGUUUUGGUGGCAUUAUAAGAGUCCUUACAGAGUAGAAGAUCCUUCCAAGCCAUGGCCAAUUAUUCUGUGGUUGCAGGGCGGGCCUGGUGCUUCUGGAGUUGGAAUUGGAAAUUUUGAAGAGGUUGGACCUUUGGAUACUAACUUGAAACCAAGGAAUUCAACAUGGUUGUUAAAAGCAGAUCUCUUGUUUGUGGACAAUCCAGUUGGAACAGGAUACAGUUUUGUGGAGGAUGAAAAAAAUGAAAAACUUUUUGUGAAAACAGAUGUGGAAGCAGCCACAGAUUUGACAACCUUGUUAAUUAAAUUAUUCAAUAAUGAUGAAAAACUCCAAAAGAGUCCUCUGUACAUUGUGGCAGAAUCCUAUGGUGGAAAAUUUGCUGUCACUCUUGGAUUAUCUGCUCUUAAAGCUAUUGAAGACAAGAGAUUGAAGCUUACACUUGGAGGUGUGGCAUUAGGAGACAGUUGGAUCUCACCAGAAGAUUUUGUGUUUUCAUGGGGUCCUCUCCUCAAAGACGUCUCAAGACUUGAUGAGAAUGGACUGGAAAAAUCAAACAGUUUAGCUCAAAAGAUCAAGAAGCAACUUGAAGAUGGUAAAUUCGUUGAGGCAACCGACACAUGGGGUGACCUUGAGUCAGAGAUUUCUGCUAGCAGCAACAAUGUGGAUUUUUACAAUUUCUUGUUGGAUGAGGGAAGUGAUUCAGCAACCAUAUCAGCAUUGAAUCUGGGAUUAUUCAAAGAAACAUCAAUAAACCGGUACUCCAAGUAUCUUACUUCCAAAAGGACAAGAUCUUAUACUCCCGGUGGUGAUAAUGAUCUUGGCACUUUACUAAAUGGUGUUAUAAAGAAGAAGUUAAAGAUCAUCCCCGAGAAUGUCACAUGGGGAGGGCAGGCCGAUAAAGUUUUCACCUAUCUUGCAGGUGAUUUUAUGAGGCCAAGAAUUGAUGAGGUUGAUGAGCUAUUGACUAAAGGAGUCAAUGUCACCGUGUACAAUGGACAGGUUGAUCUGAUUUGUGCUACCAAAGGGACUGAAGCUUGGGUUGGAAAACUCAAGUGGGAAGGACUUAAAAAUUUCUUAGGGAAAGACAGAACAGCCCUCUACUGUGGAAAUAACAAAACAACCAAAGGCUUUUUUAGGUCCUACAAAAACCUACAAUUCUAUUGGAUUCUUGGAGCUGGCCAUUUUGUACCUACUGAUCAGCCUUGUGUUGCAUUAGGAAUGAUAGCUUCAAUUACAGACUCACCAGCUGCUUGAAAAGAGAAAAAGAACAGUACUAUCUGUAGAAUAAAUUAAAGAAAGAAAAAUUCAUUGUGGAUCAGGAAAAGAAGAACAGCAAUAAACUCAUGGAAAAGAAGAGAACUACAGGGGUGUUAUUUAUUGUUUCUUUUGUCAUUCUUUUCUCUUGUCCUUAUUAUUAGUAUAUAAAUGAAUAAACAUAUGUACUUUUUCAUCUGAGUUUGGAGAUUCAUGCAAGUCUUUGUUUUCUGAAUAAUAAAUGUUGAGCAAGGCAAGUGUGUCAUUUUUUUAUGGUUGAAUGAUAGUUAUAUUAUAUCAA